AUGCCGACUGCUGCUGCUCUUUCGCCCGAAGCCACAACAGCCAGAAGCUGGAGCGACUGCUUCGUGCUGCACCCCCCACAGCAGCAGCAGCAGCAGCAGGAGGACGGGGCUGAACGGACAGACCCGCAUCUGCUGCUGCUGCUGUCGCUGCUGCGGCCUGACCUUUGGCCCCCUCUAAAGCUUUCGGAUACGCUGCAGCAGGUGACACAGGAGGACUUUCUCCAUUAUCGGCUAAUGCUGCUGCUAGCUCAGGACCAGCAGCAGCAGCAGCAGCAGCAGCAGCGCGGAAGCGACGGCUUCUUGCUGCGCGGCCUUCGGUCCCUCGUGAGCAAAGUAAAGCUGCAGGGGCCUCUUUUCUUUGACCCGCAGCAGCAGCACAUGGAGUUCGCAGCAGCAGCAGCAGCGGGACACGGUGGGGGCGUGCUGCACCGUCUGCAGCAGCAGCAACAGCAGCCCUGGUGUGACCCACAGCAGCGCAUUGCUGCUGCGCUGCAUGUCAACUUUACCUACGCGUGGCUGCUGACUCUCUGCGGGGGUUUAAUAGAUGCGCUGUUGUGGCUGCUGCGCACCUACCCCUUCCUCAGACGAGUUGCGCUGGUGCUGCUGCUGCUCUGCUAUAGAUUUGGCUGCUUCGAGUCUGCUGCGCUGCUGCACCUGUCGUCGGAGGCCCUGCGGCAGGCAGCAGAAGCAGCGUGUGGGGCCCCAGCAGCAGCGGGGCCGGGGGCCUCCGCCGCUGCAGGCUUCGACUCAGCAGCAGCAGCAGCAGCAGCAGCAGGCGGGGGGCCCUGGAGCGACGAGGCGUGGGCCGUGGAGCGGCAGCAGCAGGGGGCCCCCGGCGAGGGUCCCCUGGCGACUUUUCUUGCGGAGGACUUGGCAGCAGCAAUUGGCAGCACGUUCGGGUGUACAGACACCCCAGCAGCACAGCUAGCCAGCAGGCUGCUGUUUGCUGCUGUGCCCUCCCCAGCCCCCACGGGGCUGCUGCGCUGCAGCGCGAGGGCGCAGCUGAAGGCUUUGCUGCUGGCAGCAAUGGACAGGGGCCUAUUGGGUACAGCUCCUCUUGCAAAGGUCUUUGCCCUCAGCCUGCUGCCGCUGUUCUGGUCUGUCCCGCUGCUGCCAGCAGUUGUGCGGGAGGCCUAUGGGGCCCUCACUAGGCCUGGAGUUUUGCUGGGGGAAGGAGAAGCAGGAAUGUCUGCGGGAUUACUGGAGACUUUGCUGCUGCAGGAGCCCGAGCAGCAGCUGCGCAGGCCGCAGCAGCAAAGGCUCGUCGCAGACUGCAGCAGCAGCAGCAGCAGCAGCGGCCAACGCGCCGCGCCGAUAUCCCGGCUGGAAGACGAGCUGUGGGGCUCUUACUUCGUGCUGCUCGAUGCCGACAGCAGCAGCAGCAGUAGCAGCAGCAAGAAGGGCUCAGGCUCUCCGUGGGCGGACUUCGACUGCGAGCCCACCACAGACAGCAGCAGCAGCAGCAGCAGCAGCGAGGAGCUGCAGCAGCGCCGCAGGCUGCUGGAAGAACACCCUUUUAUUUUCCUGCUGCACUGCGCGCUGAGACACGAAGCAAAAAGACGGGGGGACUUGCGCGCAGCAGUUGCUGCUUCUUGGCUUCUCACAGAUGAGCGAAAUGCUGCGGAGGCGCUGACGGACGCGCUAUCCUCGCAGCUCUUCGCAGACUUCAACACGGAGAACAGCCACCAGCGCCGCGAACUGAAGGCUUUCUUUUUGCAUGCAUUUAAUGUCUUGAAGCGAAGCAGCGCAAGAGUGCCCCGCCGGCUGGACUUGCUGGCUGCUCGCGGCUUGUUCUUUUCUCUCUUGAGCUCCGAGCGCUUCUUUGAAGCCAUGCAUGCAUUUAACAACAUGCAGCAGCAACUCAGGUGA